UUAAAAGUGUGGCUUACGGCGGUGAAAGUCGUCUUCUUUGAAGCGUGAUGGCUCUGGCGUAUCUGAGAUCGCUCUAAUGAUUCGCUGAACUCAGAUUCUCCUCCAGCAGCGAAAAGGAGGAAUCCACGGUUCUGUGUGAUUGGGUGAUGGAGAAAGAAUAUAACAGUGACGAGGUUUGUAUUUCUGGGCAGCCUGAGGAAAUGGUGAUGAAUCUUAAGGCGUCUAUUAGAGAAUUGAGUCUGAAAGUGAACGAACAGAAUCAGAGAAAAUGUGAUGUUAAGUAUAAGCUGCAGCAGUUGCGAGAAAGAAUAAGUGCUGAAGGUGUUGAUGUUUCAGUCGAAGAGUUGAUACAGCUUUUGAGAUCACUAAAGGAAUUAGAAAAGGAGGAAUCUGAAGUCCGGUCUAAUUGCAGUGCUAGGCGUUCUGCUUUAAAAGAUGCAGUUCAUGAUUUGGAGGAGAGAGUCGCUAAGGGGAAUGAUGGUGAGGUUCAAGAGGAAGAUUUAGAUGGUUUGUUGGUUGAAUCUUUAGAUAAUCUGACUUCAGCAAAGAAGGAGCUUGGAGCAACGCUAAGAGAAAUAGUGUCUCUGAAACGACAGAUUGAUGAUGUGCCAUGCCAAUCUGAACUCCUCCAAUAUGAAAGAAGAUUCUCAGAGCUGAAUGUCUGUAUCCAGGAGAAACUUCAACAAACUAGGAAGCUAUAUGCAACAUACAAUGCCCUUUUAGAAAUCAAAGAUUUGAUGCUAAAGGAGACAUCAUUAUUGAAUUCAAUAGGUUCACAGUUUCAAGACGUUAUUGGUACUCCUGCUGGCCGUGGGAAGCUUAUUGAUUCAAUGGAAGGAGUCAUGAAAGGAAUCCAACAGAAGAUAGGAAAAGUACAACUUGGGCUUCAAGAAGAGCAGAGGCUUCGUGAUGCUUCAAAAGAAAAGUAUAUAGCUGCAGCUGCAGAGCAAAGGAAAUGCUACUCUGUACUAAGAGCAUUCCAGGAGGAAUGUACUAAGAAUGAGAGGCUGAGGAGUCAAAUAUCUGCUGCAACUACCUCUGACUUGAAAGAAGGGGUUGAAUAAGGUGAUAUGAAGUGACCCUCCUUUCGAGUUACAGCCAACCAGAGUACCAGAGUUGAUUUAGACAUGAUUCUCUUGUGAUGUUUGUAUCCAUACGCUCAGCGUUACACAAAAAUAUAUGAAAAUCUAUUGGCUUAGAAUGAGCAGAUUUGGUUGACCAA